AUGGGGAAGGGAAGAGCACCUUGUUGUGACAAGUCCAAAGUGAAGAGAGGUCCAUGGAGCCCAGAAGAAGACUUAAAACUCAUUUCUUUCAUUCAACAAUUUGGUCAUGAGAACUGGAGAUCUCUCCCCAGACAAUCUGGUCUAUUGAGGUGUGGGAAGAGUUGUCGUCUAAGGUGGAUUAACUACCUCAGGCCAGAUGUGAAACGUGGCAACUUCACUCCAGAGGAAGAAGAAGCGAUCAUCAAGCUUCACCAGAACUAUGGGAACAAGUGGUCUAAAAUCGCAUCUCAACUCCCAGGAAGAACAGACAACGAGAUCAAGAAUGUGUGGCAUACACAUCUUAAGAAAAGACUGGCUCAGAGCUCAGGAACUGAUCUUAGUGCAGAUGGUCCAGCUUCAUCUUGUUCGAGUGAUUCUGUUUCUCGUGGGAAAGAGGAGGCCAUGUCUCAAGCAGAGGAAAAGACCUCUCAGAACUCUACUACUUCAGUGUCUUCUGGUGGUUCCAACAACUCAAACCAAGAUGAUGAUGAUCUAAAUAUAGGUCUCAUGUUUGAGUAUAGCGAAUUUAACGACAUUAUUCAAGAGGUAGACAAACCGGAUCUCCUGGAGAUCCCAUUUGGUUCAGAUCCAGACAUUUGGAGUUUCUUUGAUGGUUCAAGCUCGUUUGCGAAUGAGAACAGCUCAGCUUCAAGAGCUGAAGAAGAGUCUGAUGAGGAUGAAGUAAAGAAAUGGUUCAAGCACCUUGAAAGCGAACUCGGGUUAGAAGAAGAUGAUGAUGACAAUCAACAGCAUAAACAGGGGAUACAAAAUGAAGAAGAAGAAUCAUCUCUACUGAAGACCUACGAGCUCAUGAUACAUUAA